GAAAUUGUAAUGCGCGCUCCGCAAUAUAAAUAUAUUUUAUAAAUGGUUUCUUAUCUAAAUUGUGUGCAUGUAUAAAAGGAAGGCGCUCGCUCGCGAAACUUAUUUUAUUAGCACCUUCGACGCACAAAUAUUGAGAAUAAUGUUAUUCUUUCCACUCUUACCAUUUUUACUUUCUACAUUUUCAAGUACAGCUCAUUGUUUGAACAUAAUUCAGAAAAUAGAAAUUCCUAGUAAACCAUUCACUGUUUACUGGAACUCUCCUACUUUUCAAUGCAAAUCGCACAAGAUCUACUUCGAAGAUCUCCUGAAUAAAUUUCGAAUAGUGCAAAACAAGAACGGCGAGUUCAUAGGUGAAAAAAUCACCAUCCUCUACGACCCCGGCAAUUUUCCUGCGAUCCUAACGGAUCAAAACGGAAAGCAGUUCCUCAGGAACGGCGGAGUUCCGCAGGAAGGGAAUCUGACCGAUCAUUUAAACCAUUUCGAGGAGAGAAUAUACAGAGAUUUCCCGGACGAAGAUUUCAAUGGAAUUGCUAUCAUCGAUUUCGAAAGUUGGAGGCCGAUUUACAGGCAGAAUUGGGCGGCUCUGGAGCCCUACAAGAAUCUAUCUGUUGAAAUUGAACGGCAAAAGCAUCCGUCGUGGAAUAAUGCUCAACUGAUCAAAGAGGCGACUAGACGUUUCGAAACUGCGGGAAGGGAAUACGUUGAGCAAACGUUGCUAUUUGCUAAGAGCUUAAGACCUAAUGGCACAUGGGGUUACUACGCUUAUCCUUAUUGCUUCAAUAUGGGUACUAGUAACCUUGUAAGGGAUUGCAGCAAGGAAAUUCAAAAAGAAAACGAUAGAAUGAAUUGGUUAUUUGGAAAUACUGAUAAUCUUUAUCCGUCUUUGUACAUGCCGCAAAAUCGCUUAAACGCAAAGCAACGUGUACAAAUGAUCGAAGGGAGGAUUACUGAAAGUCAAAGAAUCAAUGAAGUUUUUGAUGAGAGGAAGCAGAUCCUUCCAUAUUUUUGGUACAUGUAUCAAGAUACCAAACAGUUUCUUUCGUUGGAGGAUCUCCGAAAUUCGUUUAUUGUCUUGAAAUCGUUUAACAUUGAUGGUGUCAUCAUAUGGGGCAGCAGUAAUGAUGUGAAUAGUAAAGAGAAAUGCCAGAGAUUAUACAAUUAUAUUGAAAAAGUAUUGGGUCCCACAAUAAACAGCACAUAAGUUAUUUAAAUUAGACAAAAUAA